AUGUAUUAUAGAAAUGCUCAAGCUGCGUUGGUCGUAUAUGAUGUUACAAAACCCCAAUCUUUCAUUAAGGCUCGUCAUUGGGUGAAAGAAUUACAUGAACAAGCAAGUAAAGAUAUUAUUAUCGCAUUAGUAGGGAAUAAGAUUGAUAUUUUAGAAAAUAAUGAAAAUGAAAGGAAAGUGGCACGUGAAGAGGGUGAGAAGCUAGCCGAGGAAGAAGGAUUACUAUUUUUCGAAACUAGUGCUAAGACAGCUACGAAUAUUAAUGAGGCGUUUGUUGCCAUUGGGGAGAAAAUUCCAUUGAAGAAACCAGGUGAUGGAGAUAAUCCAGAUAGCGCUGGUGUCACAAAUGAACAAAGAAUCGAUUUGGCCAAUUCUGCUCAUGCAGCUAGCCAAGUUUCCGGUUGUAAUUGCUAA